AUGCUUGCGAUUAAGGUCGCCCAUUGCUACUCCGUGGAAUGCGGGAACAUCGUAAUCUAUCUCAAUCACAAAGAGAUCGGGAAGUUUCGGAUGUACGCCAACGAGUUUGGAGAGAUACGAACGCAUCUCAACAUCCCCUCGCUCUGCGAUGGGGAGCACUUGGCGGCAGUGAAGAUCGUGGACGAGCGAGGGAACGACCUCGAACCUCACCUCUACCAUGACGUCGGGUUUGUGGUUGACACAGCACCGAAGGAGGAGGAGGAGGGGCAUCAAGAUUUAUCGUUGAUAGAUCGCGAGAUCAACAACUGCCCGCAGUCGUUCUCCUGCAGCAGCGGGAGUUCAGAGGACGACGUUAUCUGCAGCGGGCACGGUGCUUGCAUGAAGGGAGCGUGCGUGUGCUUUGCCAAUUGGGCAGGGGAGGAAUGUCAGCACCCGCUCUUUGAGAACAACACGUACAUCCCUGACAGAGACCCUUCUUCUCUGCCAUCAGCAUGCAUCAAGAGCGUGGUGUGGGAGAACAGGACCUCCGAGCUCCGGUCUAUCCUGCUCGAUAUCUCUGAACGACUCUCUUGCUCGCCGCAGGACGUCCUUCUGUUCGAGGAGGGAAGGGCGAUGGUGAUGGACGGGGUGUGGAACUACGAUGCUUGUGACGGCCUUGGCUUCGCCUGUCACUUUCUCCCUCUCUCCCGCUGCUCGUCCUCCGACGCCAAGGCGGAGGGAGCAAAGCUGCACAAGAGGAUGGAUAAUAUCCACUACGACAACCCGCAGGCAUAUGACAGUCACUUCAUCCCUCCUGAGUUCGCCUCCUCCUUCCAUGGCGUCCUCUGGUGGCGCUCCCAGCUGACUGGAUUCCUGCUGAGACGGAACGAGAGGAUGGAGCUGAUUCUGAGGAGGAUAAAAAACCAGAUCGGGUACCGACAUCCCGUCGUUGGAGUGCAGGUGCUGUUGCGAUCACAGCAGCUCACCCAGCUGAAGGAGGGAGCAGGAUGCCAGCCCGUGUCGGCGUUCCUGAAGCACGUGGAGGCGAUGCACGAGCGCUAUGGGGUGAGCAGAGUCUUCCUGGCCACUGACGACAUAGAGACUAUCGUCCACCUUCCUCUUGACCGCACCAUGUUCGACUCUUCUCUGUUCAUUGAGUAUCGCCUCAUGCUCGGGUACGUCGACUCCAAGGCUGUCUCCGACAGCACCGUGACUGAUCUCCUCCUGCUGGCGGAAGCAGAUUACUUCGUCGGGGGAUUUGGAUCGCACUUCAGCAGGAUAUCUUUCGAGUUGUCCGUGGCGCUAAAGGGGAGAGUUCCUCCUUAUGCUUCUGUCGACUAUCCCUGGUGUUGGCACUUCCUGGAGAAGCGACCGAUUGCGGAUGAGAAGGAGGAGAAAGUAGUUGAAGGGGGUCGAGACGGGAAAGGAAAGGGAGGAAGGAACGUGUUGGAAAGGAAGAACAGAGGAGGAGCCGACGCGUCUGACCUGAUGGCUCUCCUCGUUGGGAGGCAGCGGGGGAACGGAGAGGAUGAGGCGGAGGACAUGAGCAAGGAGGAGAGAGAGGACGACAGAGGAGUAGGUCACGAGGAGCAGGAGCAUGAGCAGGAGAAGGAGCAGGAGCAGGAGCAGGAGCAGGAGCAGGAGCAGGAGCAGGAGAAGGAGAAGGGGAAGCAGCAGCAGCAGCAGGGAGAGGAGGAGGAGGGAGAGAGGGGAAGGGGCACUACAGACAACAUCUCACAUCCGAGAUCGAAGGUCAUGGUGAAGGUUCCGGCCUGA